AAAACGCAGUCAACUUCUUGUUACCGACAUACUGAUCUAAGGCAUGUCGACACUAGCUACUUGCAGUCACAGUGGGUCAUCGCUUUCUCCAUAGUCGUCGUAGCUGUUCGCUGUGGACACAUCGGUGCCAACGGAGGAUCUUCACUGACUUACCACAAACAGAAGAAUGUUGGGCAUUAUGAGUUCAGAUACGAUAUUAAGGAUGACCACGAUAACAUCAAUGGCCGCCAGGAGAAAGGAUCACACGGUCAAGUAUAUGGCUCGUACUACCUCGGCGAAGUAGGCGGUCCUUACCGUACUGUUGAAUAUAUAGCAGACAAAUUCGGUUUCCGUGCUGUUAUCAAAACGAAUGAACAUGGAACGAAAACGUCCGAACCGACCUUUGCUCCUAUUACGUCGGACUUCGGAAAGAUUAUUCCAAGUGGUUCGGCCCGAAUCGCAGGCCAUCAUAAAAUUCACUAUGGCCGUCACAAGCAGACACUGGGUGACCACAAAGCCAGCAUUCAGGAGAUCCCUGCACACGGCCAGGACGUAAAAGCCUCUUACGAAAGCCAGCAGCCCGCCUAUAAACAAUACGACCAACACAAAAUUCGAAUUCACACAGGAUCUACACCUGUGGCUUACCACAUUCCAUCGUUAAAUUACAAUGACCUGUUUAACUAUGGUGCUGGCCUAAAUGGUGGUUACAGAAAGGUUCUUUUUGUGAAAAACUAAACAAAUUACGUUGCUUCAUUCAACUGAUAGGAUUAUAGAUCUUUGCCAGAAGAAGGGGGCUAAUGAGUAGUAAUAGGGCAUACCUGCGUCGUCCAUUAUCGCAUCGAGCUUAUUCCACGUAAGAUAUGACGAACGCCAAUUAUCAUUUGUAAAAUUCAGCAAUUUUUACAUAACUAUCAACCUGGAAUGAGGACUUUUGUUUUGGCCCAUAUAGAGGUAUACAUGUUUGUACAUAUUGCUUUUAUAAUUCUAUUUUGAGUAUGGAUGCAAGUGUAUGUGUAUUUUGAACUGAUUUUUGAGAAUUAACUGUAGUUGAGCUUCAAAUUCAAAUGACUGGAUCGCAGCAUCAACGUAAUAUUCAGUUGUGUGGUGAACUUAGCUGAACCAGUAGUCGAUAAUUGAAAAGUAACUUGUGUUUUGCAGCCGUAAUGCAUUUGUAAUGCUACCAUAAUGAGCAAGAAAGCUUUUUAUAUAGAAUCAAAGCUUGCCAUAGCACAAUAAUGUUUUUUUGCAGUGUAUAUGACUACUGUUAUUUAAAUGUACAACCACUAUUUUUCUAAAAUUUGUCGAAUGUAGUUAUGCAUUGCCUCCCUAGUUUUAUACAAUGCAUCUCAGUUUUGGCUGUUGCCCGAGCUAGUGGGACCCCGGCUAGAAACUAUUCUGUUUGUUUAAUAGAUCCCUCAAGGCUAUCAUAACAUCUACUUAGGAGAUUUUUACAUAUCUCCAAUGUUUUUUUCUAUCAUAGAUUAACAAUCCAAAACAAUCACUCGACAACAAGAAAACUACGAAAUCUAUCUAUCUAAUAAAAAGCGCAGGGCGCACGUCUGCGGUCUGCACCCGAAACGGUACGUUUCAUCCAAUAGUGCACUAGGCGUCUCUAUGUAAUUACGUGUCCAUAAAGGACAGAAAAAACGUUGUCCAUCUAGCGAUGGGUCUAAAUGACGUACGUAGCGUCGUGGAUACGAACAACGUCGUUUGUUUAGAUGUCAAGUUCUAUGUCCUGAUAUUUUAUCACCUUACUUCAUCACCUCUUCGGUAACGCUUAACACUAUUGGUUUUGGCCACACUGUGUAUAACUGAUGCGCGAGAAAUUAGAGUUCGAAUUUGUUAGAGUUAAAAUAGUUUCCCUACAGAGAGGCUUUCUUAAUAUAGUAUAAUAAAUAUAUAUAAAAAACUAACGUAAAUCAAUAGCAAGAAUCGGAUCGUCCCAAACAAAUGAUUAUAUAAAACUCGUGUCCCUAUGAUCUCCUUUCAGUUAGUGGUUACAUACAGCGACAAGCAUGUUUCCAUAAACAUGUGUUUUUAAUAAAGCGGCAGGAGCGUGCGUGUCGUGAUAAUCACGGUGUCUUCCAAUUUUCGUUUUCAGUCACAGCAAAGUUCUAUUUCUGCAAUUGAUGUUAUAUUUUAUUAGAUAGUAGCUUGCUCACUGGACAUUGAUGUGUUUAUUAGAAAAAUAUCCUCUAUCUAAUGUAUAGUUGAGCCGUUGUUAGAAAGAAAUAAGUUGAAAAUAAAGUCUUCAUCGUUGUUGACUGUAUUGACUGCUAUGGUCGUUCGCGCAAACACAAUAACAGCAUCAGGGGACCGUCCACAUCUUUAUUGCAUGGUGCACUGCUGCCUGUUAUAGCUCAUAAACUGUGCAUUUGGGAAUAUUAGCAAUAUGGAAGGUUAUGGGGGAUACCUAAUUUUAAGGCCUAACAAGUUUUGCCGUAGCUAACAAGGCGCCGCUGCAAGCUUCCACUUGGUUAUAUUGUCAGUCGCAUAAGGUGCGUUUGUUGCAUCCUUCUCUGUAUGAAAUUUAUUAGUAAAUUAAAUUCAGUCACCCUAUAUAAGUUGUGUUCUUAUUUCAAUCAUCCGAUUAAAAAGGCAGCAAGAAAAUAUACUUUAGAUGAAGUUACUUAUUUUACAGUGUGAAUAAAUUGAUAACGAACGUGGUAGUUUGUGGUAUAGUACAUAUUACAUCGGAUAA